GCUGUUUCUCACCUUGCUGCCCCGAUACCGAAUGGCCAAAGAGAUGUAAGACCACGUGACGGCACCCCGGGAAGCUCCAACAGCUUGGGGGCCUGGAUGACAUCCACGUGAGGUGGAGAGAGCUAGCAGCUGCUAGGUAGUAGCUGGCGACUUGCUGCCCACGCAUCUACAGUACGCAGCUCACGUGGGUGGCUUGUCGGGACAAUGCAGACCAAUGCCCAAUACACUGGCUGGCUGUACGGAGAAGGAUAACGCAACCAUGAGCGUAACGAAAAAGACCGCCACGGACUGACCAGAACCCGCCAUAGUUCAGUGCCCAUGUCCGCGAAUACCUCGCCUUCAAGGCCAACGGCCGGUUACCAGUACUGUCGGCUGUCGUCCCCACGCUCAGUCCGACUCCUGACACUCCUCCCAUCCCCCAGUCUCACUGCCGCCUUGGAGCUUACCUUGACGGAGGCAAGCCUUGAAAGUAUUACCUCACAGGCCAAAAAUGGCUUCGAGGCACUUUCCUACGUCUGGGGGGCACGAGUCGGCACGGUGCCUAUUUCAUGUGACGGCCAGCAGCUGUUGGUGACGCCAAACUGCGAGUCUGCUCUUCGACAUCUACGGCUGGCAGGCCAAGAUCGUGUCUUAUGGGUCGACGCAAUCUGCAUAGACCAGGGCAGCGACACCGAGAGCGUGAAAGAGCGCAACACACAGGUGGCGCUCAUGGGAGAGAUCUACCAGAAGGCUGCGCGCACGCUGUGUUGGCUGGGUCCGGGAAACGACUUCACGACCGAGUUGAUGGCGCACCUGGAGCGCAUAGGGUCUUGUCCUUCGCAGCGCGCCUUGAAAAAGUUGCUGCUAUUUGACUCAAAACUCAGGCAGCAGGGGAAAAUAGACUCGGACUCCUCUGCUCUCAACCACAUAUUCUGCCACAUUUGGCAUUCUCGCAUCUGGACAGUACAGGAGGCGAGUUUUUCUCGCGACUGCCACGUUGUGUGCGGAAAAUGCAGCAUCCCGUGGGAUAUCUAUUUCAAAGCAGCUCGUUUUCUGGUGUUUGAAGAAUUCAUCGAUGAGCUCGAUACUCAGGCACAGAAGAGCUAUAUUGGAAUUGACGUGCGGAAUACUCUACGAGAUUAUCUUCUGGGCCGAGUGCCCUCGGAGCCGGACCCUAGCGCGGAGGAUCUAGACGAUGAGCGAGACCGAAGAGUCGUCUUCCUAUCCUCUUGUCUCGCCGAAUGCAAAAAGUUCCAGGCGACAGAGCCGAGAGACAGGAUCUAUGGGCUGCACGCACUGUAUACGAGCCUAGGCAUUCAGCUGCCAGCAGUGGAAUAUUCGAAACCGCUCUGGCGCGUCUAUGAGGAAGCUGCCGUCGCCAUGAUCAUGUGGUCUCAAACACUCAAGGUUCUCGGGGAUGCGUGUCAUGAUCACCCUUCUUUCCCAAGCUGGGUGCCCGACUUCUCUGAUGCCGAUGUCAACAUCUCUACACCGUCGGGCGACGCAACAGGGGGUUCCAAAAUCACCGUACAAUUACCGACAGUACUGAAUCCACGACCCGGAGAGCUCUGUGUCAGAGGUAAGGUCGUUGGAAGAGUUGUGACUUUUGGGGGCGAAACCCCGGCUACCACCAUCUUUCCGACGCGGCCUGAGCAAUGUGAACUAGGCAUCCUGACCCGCCCGCUUGAUGGUCUCGUGGAAGAAGUUGAUACCUUGCGUCUUUUGGUUGACAAAAUUAGAUUCUUCCGCCAGUUAUACCGUCUCUUGCAAGAUAACACGGAGUACUGCAGCGGAGACGCCGAAGAUACGUUUCUCGACCUUCUGAGCCAGGACAGCUAUUCCGAACCAAGCCGAGUUUUCAACAUCUGGUUAGACAUUCUAGAGUAUCCUGACACGAACUAUAGCCUGAGGGCUGGGGAGGAUCUAGUGGCAAAGUGGCAGAGGGCCGAGUCAACCGCAGGAGCAGCGGGGUGGACUGCAGAGCUGACAAGCUGUGCCAUCAUCGCGGCUUCGUUAGUAUCCAAUCAGAUUCAGCACGACGGAGGUCUUCUAGAUUGCACUUCAGAUAUUCUCAACCUACUCAGCCAGCUAUCCACCAAUUUGAACGAUAAGUCAUUGAUAUUGGUACGCCUCGACUCUCUCCAAAUAACGGCCCUCGCCACAGGAGUUGCUUCGGUGCAAGAAGGAGACUCCGUGGCGUUGCUAGAGGGAGCCGAGUGGCCCGUCGUCCUGAGGGAAGCAGAAGAAAGAAAAUGGCAUUUCGUUGGCCCGACGUUUGUGCCCGGCAUCAUGGAUGGUGAGCUGUGGCAGGAUGAAAUCAGAGAAGUCGGCGGGACGACUGACUUCUGUGACUUUUGUCUCAUCUAGGACGUUAGUAUUCAAAAUUCUGGAUAAACCCGGUCACUAGGUACUUAGG